UAUACGAAAGUUCCCAGGUGGUGUGUCAAAAAAGCUAAUGAUUUCUCAAGAUCCUGUCCAAAAUCAAAACUUUCAGACAAAGAACUGUUUUUUCAGUCAAAUUCUUCAUCACAUCAUUAAUGGGUCGAACCAAUUGACGAAAUUUCGGUCGUUGAGCUCUCUCUACCGUCGCCGGCAGCCCACCGGUUUCUUUCCGGCGAACUGAAAUCGGACUGUACCAAUCUCUGGCCGUAAUUUUCGCCGGAGACCAUCUGUUAUCAAUUCCCAAUUUCGACAAAAACCCAGGAUUUGUUUUUUUCCGGCGAACCGGAUUCGACUUCUCCGGUUAACCGGAGAUGAAGUUCAUGGAAUUAGGGUUUCGACCUGACACAUUCUACACUGUGGAAUCUGUAAGGUCUGUGUCUUCUGAUCUAUUGAAUGAUCUUAUAAUCCAAGUCAAAUCCACUAAAUACCUUCUUCACAAGUUUCCGAUGUUAUCCAAAUGCUUGCGUUUGAAGAACUUAGUCUCUUCACAAGAAACAGAAACCUCCCAAGAGCAGCAAGUGAUUCAACUUGUUGAUUUUCCCGGUGAAACAGAAGCUUUUGAGCUCUGUGCUAAGUUCUGUUAUGGUAUUACAAUCACUCUCUGUGCUCACAAUGUAGUCGCGGUACGUUGUGCAGCAGAGUAUCUCGGAAUGACGGAAGAAGUAGAGCUCGGCGAGACCGAGAAUCUUGUUCAGAGACUUGAGCUUUUCUUGACUUCUUGUGUGUUCAAGAGUUGGAGAGAUUCUUUUGUUACUCUUCAAACCACAAAGGUGUUACCUUUAUGGUCUGAAGAUCUUGGGAUCACAAACCGAUGCAUCGAGGCGAUUGCCAACGGUGUAUCUGUAUCCCCUGGUGAGGAUUUUUCGACCCAAUUGGAGACGGGUUUGUUGAGAAACCGGUCAAGGAUAAGAAGAGAUGAAAUCUUGUGUAAUGGUGGAGGAAGUAAGGCAGAGAAUUUGAGGUGGUGGGGUGAAGAUUUAGCUGAAUUGGGUUUAGAUCUUUACCGGAGAACAAUGGUGGCGAUAAAAUCAUCAAACCGGAAGAUAUCUCGGCGGUUAAUCGGAAAUGCUCUUAGGAUCUAUGCAUCUAAAUGGCUACCAAGCAUCGAAGAAAGCUCUGCGGAUUCAAAUCUUGUUUUGGAAUCGGUUAUUUCCCUUCUACCAGAGGAAAAAUCCUCUGUUCCUUGCAGUUUCUUGCUUCAGCUACUGAAAAUGGCAAAUGUUAUGAAUAUUUCGCCUUCUUCGAAGAUGGAACUCGCGAUAAAAGCCGGGAAUCAACUGGAUAAGGCAACCGUUAGCGAGCUGUUGAUACCCUUAUCGGACAAGUCAGGUAUGUUAUACGAUGUAGAUGUUGUGGCGAUAAUGGUGAAGCAGUUUCUGUCUCAUAUCAGUCCGGAGAUAAGGCCAACAAGAACAAGAACUGAACAUAGAAGGUCUCGUUCUGAAGAAAACAUCAAUUUGGAAGAGAUACAAGAGAUUAGAGGAUCUUUGUCUACUUCUUCUUCUCCUCCAUUGUUGGGUAAAGUAGCAAAGCUUGUUGAUUCUUAUCUUCAAGAAAUUGCAAGAGAUGUGAACUUAACAGUGUCGAAGUUUGUUGAAUUGGCUGAAUCAAUACCGGAUGUUUCAAGGAUUUGUCAUGAUGAUUUAUACAAAGCGAUUGACAUCUAUCUUCAGGUUCAUGAGAAGAUUGAAAAGUGUGAGAGAAAGAGGUUAUGCAGAAUCUUGGACUGCAAGAAACUAUCAGUAGAGGCAAGCAAGAAAGCUGCACAGAACGAGCUGCUUCCAUUGAGAGUGAUCGUGCAAAUCCUCUUCGUCGAGCAAGCACGGGCCACAAUAGCUACGACAACAAACAACAUCACCACUAAUGAAACAGCGGUUUUGAAGAGAAGCUUUACAACGAGAAGAGAAGAAGGAAUAGAAGAAGAAAGAGAUGAAACUAAACCAAGUGGAGGGUUUCUUCAGAGCACACCUUCGAGGUUUAUGGCGUUGUGUGCGAUCCCGAGACAGCCUAAGAAGAUGCUCUGCAAGUUGUUGUCGAUCAGUAGGAGUUUAAGUCAACGAAUUUAAGAAGAUUUGAUUGUGGAAGUAUUUAUCAUUUUUUUUCUACCGCUUUCUUGUUGCUCAAGUCAAAUUGUCUUCGUCGUCCUUGUGAAGCUUAUUUGGUUUUGAAAAAUUCAUUUGUCACAUGACAUUGUAUAACCCAACAAUAAAGAAAAUAUAUAUAAUCUUUCUUUCAUAA